AUGGCAGAGGUCUCGGACUGCCCAUGGUGCGUAGGAUGCCCAAAAUCGCUGCAACAAGCUCUAUUUGACUGCCCUAUUGUCCGUGACUUGUGGGUAGACUGUGACUGCACUGAGAUGUCCCUUUGGCCAACUGGUAUGACCUUCUUAGAACUAUUUGAAUCUUUGUGCAAGUUGGAGAAGAAGAAGCUUUGCAGAGGUGCCAUUCUUCUAUGGAACAUUUGGAAUAGAAGGAAUGACAUGAUAUUCAAUGGCAAAGACACUUACCCUCUCCUCUAUGCAAGACAGAUUUAUGGUGGUGGUAAGACAGCGACUUGUAGAAGCUCAAAGAAAUGGGUUCCCCCACCUGAAGGAACAAUUAAACUCAAUUGCAAUGCCUCACUGAACGUUGAGGGGUGGGUGGGGCUUGGUGUUGUUGCGUGGGAUUGGCAAGGGGAGGUACUUUCCGCUGCUUCUAGGCGCACAAGAGCCUACUGGCCCCCUGUUGUGGCAGAGAGCAAAGCUGCUACUAUGGCAGUCAGAUUAGCCAAACGCUUUGGCUUGAAGGAUAUUACCUUAGAAGCAGACGACCAAGUUCUUAUCUCCAGAUUAUCGAAGGCCUCAGUUUACCUCACUGAUCUUGAUACUAUUCUAGAUGAAAUAUUGUCUUCUUGUAAUUCUGUUUUGUGGUACCAUGUUAAGCGAGAUGGGAAUUCUGUUGCCCAUAACUUAGCUCGUGUGUUGCCUUAUGGUGUUGAACAAGUUUGGGAGAACCUUUGUCCUUGUGAAGUUUCUCCUUUCGUUUUGAUGGAUAAAUUAUCAAUAUAA